AGUAAGUUCUGAAAAUGCGUCUCAUCCGGGCAUCUAGCGCUCUCGCUUCACAAAUUGCUAUUCAAAACUUCUGUAUUUUUAAAAUUACUACUAUAGUAUAGUAAUAGUAAAUGUGCACCGAAAGAGAUACGAUUAACCACAGGCCCGUCUCCAUGCGAGUUAUUUUGUGUUCUGUUGUUGUCAUCUCUCAUUUUUCUAAGACGUGGGCUCAUUCUCAUCUCUCAAGCUUACCCCGGCGUCGUCAUCUGCAGCGUACAGCGGUACGGCCACUUUUCCGGCAGACUGGUUAAGAUGGUUUUCUUGUGCUGGCAUCGGCCAACUCUCCAAGACCAGAAAGCUUGCAUUGAUAAGUCUGGUACUUUCAAUUAUGAUGUUAAAUAUAGAGGAGCUACUGCUAAAUCCUUGUCUUCCCUUAAAGAAGAUGAAGGGUUCUCCAAAGGUGGAUUCUUACUAAACCAUGCUCGAGUUUUGGUAGGUUCUGGUCUUGACACUUUUGAAAAGGGCAAGAGUGCUCUCAGAAGUUGGAGGCAUUUCGGAUUGAAUUGGUCAUUUGUUGAUCCAAAAACUCCGGUUCAACAAGGAGUGAAGUUCUGUGCUUGUGUAAAGGAGUUCGUCCCAUGGCUCAUGAUGCCUCUUCAGGUUGUAUAUGUGAAUGAAAGUAGAACUAAAAAAAACCGAAAUGCCUCCUUUGGUUUUGGAAGUGGCACUCUGGGUGGUCACUUACUGGCCGGAGAGGAGCGAUUUUCAAUUGAGAUGGAUGAGAAAGGCCAAGUAUGGUAUGAAGUAGUUUCAUUCUCAAAGCCUGCCCAUAUUUUGUCAUUUGUCGGAUACCCCUAUGUUUUGCUGAGGCAAAAAUAUUUUGCUCAUGAAUCUACCAAGAUGAUGCUGAAACAUAUCGAUUCCUUAAAACCCUGAUUGUUGUCCUGCACCAUCAUAUUCUUAUGUAGUUCUCUGAUGUAUUUGUUCUUAAAACACUCUCGGUAUGCUGCUUUGUAAAUUGAGUCGGCGGAUGAGAAGCCAUGUGAAUUAAA